UAUACCUUUGGUUCAUCCGGAUGCGCGAAAGGAAUUGUCCAGUAAGUGGAUUAAUGCUAAAAAAAAGGCUAAGGAAUUGCAUUCCCUACUUAAAGAAAACGCGACUGGAUUCAAUGUUAGUGACGGAUGGCUCCAGAGUUUUAAGAAAAGAUACGGAGUUAGAUUGCUUAAAGUAUCUGGAGAAAAACUCUCAUCGCAGCCUCAAUUGGUUGAUCCAUUUAAACUGAAACUAAAACAAAAAAUUGGGGAAAUGGAGUUAUGUAAUGACCAAUUGUAUAAUGCUGACAAAUCUGGUUUAUUCUGGAAGCUUUUGCCAGAUAAGACCUAUGUCUCAUCGCAUGAAAAAACUGCUCCAGGAACAAAGACGAAGAAGCAGCGUAUAACAUUUCUCUGUUGCGCAAAUGCAUCGGGUGCACAUAAAUUUAAACUUUUAGGAAUUGGUAAGGCAAAAAAUCCACGCAGCUUUAAACACUUUAGUUGCCCUACGGAUUAUAAGAACUCGAAAUCAGCCUGGAUGACGUCUGCCAUUUUUAAACAUUGGUUCCAUCAAUCUUUUGUGCCACAGGUAAGAUUGUUUCUAAAGCGGAAGAACUUACCAAUAAAGGCACUAUUACUUAUUGACAACACUCCCUCUCAUCCAAGUGAAGCAGAAUUAAAAACUGAAGAUGGAAAUAUAAUUUCCGCCAAAUGUCACCCCUCUUAUCCAACCUAUGGAUCAAAAUGCGAUUAAAAUAACGAAGUUAUAUUACAGAAACAGUUUGUUGGCUUCAAUAGCAGCAAAAAACUUAGAUUUGCUUGAAUCAAUGAAAAAUGUAAUGUUGAAAGAUGCUGUUACCCUUUUAUCUGUCGCGUGGGAUCGGGUCAGCACAGAAACUCUUGCCAAUUGUUGGAAAAACAUUUUAAGUUUAAUGGGAAACGAGGAGGACCCUGAAUAUAACAUUCCAUUAAGCAUCCUGAAAGACAAAUGGAGUGCAGAAAUAAACUCUUUAAUGCGAAUGUCAGUUGAUCUCCUUCAGGACUUGAGUCCUCAGGUUGAGUUUACAUUGCCAAUGGUUCGAGAGUGGAACGAUGACCCUUGUGUUGAUGAUACCACCGAAAUCCAUGAAAUCACCGAAAUCCAUGAAAUUGAAGAAAGUGACGAUGAUGAUUGUAUUGCCGAAGACCCCAUAAAGAAAAUUGCCGCAAGUGAGGCAGUUGAAAUCUUUAACAAGGCAUUGCAAUGGGCUGGAGAUGCAAUGGUUGAUCAAAGCGACAUGAGAGUACUUAGACGCUUAAGGGAGAAAGCAGUAUUUCAGCUAUUAGAAAGGAAAAAGCAGCAGAAAAAGAUAAUGAAUAAAUCUAAUGUGAAAUUUUAUUCGCAAUUUAAUAUGUAUGUUCAUACCCAUGAACAUACUAAUGGCAAUAAUAAAAUACUUUGA